AAACUCAAUAGUUUUUAAUGUAAAAGAACGAAAAUUAUCCGGGAAACAAAUAAACCCCACAAACAGUGACUUGAGCUUAAACUCAGAAAACUCGCUGGAGUCGGCGUCAUUUUGGAUUUAAUUUUCGUAUUACAAAAACUUCAAUUUUGAAAAGAAAUUAUGAAUUUAAAUGAACAUCGUGUCUGAUUACAUUCAGUUCUUAUACUGAUGACGACCUCACAAUCUUCAUCAUUUUCAACAAGUGUCUUUGAUUUAAUUUAGAGAAAGAAAUCGUAAAAUAAUCUCUUCUAUUCCGCACACACACCAACAACAAAUCACUUUCAAAAACUUCGCAAAAUUCCGACCGCAUCUUGGUUGUUCAACCAAAAUUCAGCUAAUUUUUUCCAUCUACAAAAUCGUAAAAACAUCGCUACGAAAGUGCGUUGCUAUGAUAAUAAUGACGGCACUUGUUGCUGCUUUUGUUUCAAAACUAAAAAUUAUUCCACUUCACAACGCACAGUUAAGGUGUUGUUGUUUUAUAUAGUGAUGAAGUUUCUAUGUGCAAAUCAUGGUACAUGAAGAAAAAAAACGAAUCAUAGUGUUUGUCUGCGUUUUAUAUUUUUACACCAGUUCAUCUACACACCACUGUAAAAGAAUCGCGUAUAAUAAUCGAAGCAUUUGGUCGCGUUGUACAUAAGCCAAGCGAAUGCACGAAUACACAGCCGAAAAGGCGUUCACAAAACGAAACCAACGCCUAACACGACACCCACCACUUUUCAUUCAGACGUUUGAUACGCUCGCGCUUGUGUGUGUAUUGAUGUGUUCGUGCACGAGCGCGCUGACUUCAAAUCUGCUCCGUAUGAAUGCUUUGAGACGAGUGAAUAUGUGCCAUUCGCUGCUGGAACUUCUAAUAAAGCACACGCAUUUUCGCGUUGCUCUGCUGCAACUUGUCCAACAAACAGUUAGAUUCAUCAGUUGAAAAUAAAAAGUCGUCGAAAAAUCCGUUUACAUAAAUUUGUGUGUUCAAUAAAAAUUCACAGAAUUAAUCAAUAUUAAAAAAAAAAGUUAUUGAUUUAGAAUUUGCGAACUUUUGCGAGAAAAACAGAACGAAAAAAAAAAAAUUAAAGAGAAAAAGUGGUUUGUGCACUAAAAAGUUGAUGAACGAAAUAGUAUUUGAUUAAAAAAAAAAAAGUGCAAGAGACGGUGAGCGGAUUUUUGUAAAGUAAAAUAAAUGCGAAAAAUGGAAGGUCCAAUGGAGAAUUUGGCUGAAGUGUAUGUACAAGACUUUGAACUCGAUCAUUUGGGCGCGCCAGUGAAACGUGAGCCAGAAGCUGCAAUGAAAAUCCCAUGGACUGCGGUAGAUGAGGAUGAAAUGCCAAACUCUGUUCGACUUCGUCAAAUCACCGUACCAAGUGGUUGGCAUCAGCACGAAGAACGUCGGCUGCAUAAUCUAUCACCGCCGUCGACGGCCGAAUCACACAAUCACAGCGCAAUUCCAGCUCAAGGAAUCGUUGGUGUAAAUGGCGUUCCAUCCACACCACCCGAUACACCGCCGCACGUUUAUUCACCAUGCAAUGGAGCCAUGUACAGUGCCCAUGGCCAUUCGUACGGUCAUACUCAUCGGCAAUCGUCAACUUUCAUCGAAGACAUGAUGUGGCUGCCACAAACAAUGCGAGGUGAACAGCCGCUCGAUUUACGGCCGCUGCAAAAUUGCUUGGACAACGAUUGGGAACGACGUGAAUAUAUGCAACAAGCGCCAAAUGGACAAACGCUCGCCAGUUUACCAUCGCAUUUGACACACUUGGAUCAUCAUCAUAUGGCUUCGAUUAAUGUGCAUAAUUCGUACAAUCACGCACACGCCAAUCGGCCGAUGUCGGUCAGUUCGACGCGUUCAUCGUCGACCAUUUCGCCGCGACAAACCGGCCAAUACAAUUCCUGUUCGCAGAGUAGCAUGGGUUCGAAAAGUAGCCAAAAUACUGAUGCCAAAAAAAUUGCCGACGAACUGUUGACAACGCUAUCGGUGCGUGAAUUGAACAAGCGCCUGCAUGGAUGUCCACGCGAAGAGAUUGCCAAAUUGAAGCAAAAACGUCGAACAUUGAAGAAUCGAGGCUACGCACAAAAUUGCCGCUCAAAGCGGUUGCAUCAACGUCACGAGUUAGAGAAAACUAAUCGGAAAUUGCAGCUCGAGUUGGAAAAUACGCGCAUGGAAUUGAAUAAAACGCGACUUGAAUUGGAUAUGAUCAAGCAACGAGUUGCCCAGCGCCAAAAUGAUCGAUCACAUGAUUUACAUUCGGAUGGUCAUAGUUCACCAGAAUUCUACCUAUGACGUCAAAUAGGAGCUCAUGCUCCAAGACAACAAACACAAUGGAACACACGUUAUUGUUAAUCGGGAUCAUUGCGAUCCACUCUUUAUGUCUCACACAAUUUCGAUAGAAAGUUUAAUUUCUUUUCUUCGCGAUUCAAAUCUCCACAGACGGAUUUGCAAGCAAGCAAAAUAGUCAGUUUUCAUUCCAACCGAAUUAAAAAAAAAAAAAAGAAAACAUAACGUGAUCCAUUGCUGUUUGUGGUCUUACUUUAUUGAAUAUUAUCAAAUGAACAGAAAAGAAAAUUAACUUUUACUUCGUAAUAUUCGAUGGUGAGAAUACGGAUACAAGUAAAUUUGAAGUGAUAAAUCCAGUCAAGUUUAAAGUUGGUAGAAUUUUAUGCCAAUUUAACGUUUAAAACAAAAAGAAAAAUCAUUCUCAUUUUGCCAAAUAACUUCAUUUUAAAAGCAAAACCUAAAAAAAAAAAUUACAAAAAAAAAAACAAAGCUCAUACUUAUAAUUACCAUGUUAAUUAAUGCUAAGUGACAUCUACUAAGUUUCCGUUUCAAAGACUUUCUCUCUCUCUCUCUUCUCCCGGAUUGAAGUAAUUUCCAAUUUUUCUGUUCGUUUCGUUCGUACUUGUUUCAUUCAAAUUCAAUUUAGUGCAAUGCAAAGAAGAUAAGUGCAAGAAAAUCAACCUAAAUGUCGAACGUUUUGUUUUUCUAUUGUUUUCAUUUAGUUUGUUGUAUUCGGAAGAGGAAAUUGCGCAUAUUUCGAAAAAUCCUUCAAAUUUUAAUAAUAUUUCCACAUGAUUUAUUUACUCCAAUGAAAGAAGAGCUAGUUUUCCUUACAAAAUAUUUGUUUCUGUUUCGAACAUUUUUUUUUUAUUAUCUUUUUCGUAAUUUGACAAAAAUGAUUUGAAUAAUAAUUUUGAUUCAGAAAAAAACACGCAAAAACACAUAAAAUAUCAUUUGUUAUAGCAAUGUCAGUGACAGAAAAGAAAAACAUACAAAUUGUAAAUGUAAAUAACAAAAACAACAAGGAAAAUAAACUUAAUUUUAAUUGAAAGAUGAAA